AUGAAGCUCGUCAGAUUUUUGAUGAAGCUGAACAAUGAAACAGUGACGAUAGAACUGAAAAAUGGAUCUGUUGUUCAUGGAACAAUCACUGGUGUUGAUAUGCAGAUGAACACGUAUCUCAAGACGGUGAAAAUGACGACGCGUAAUCGCGAUCCCGUUUCUCUGGACUCACUAUCCAUUCGUGGAAACAACAUCCGCUACUUCAUCCUUCCUGAUGCCCUGCCUCUUGAUACUCUGCUGGUCGAUGAUGCUCCCAAACCCAAGGGACGAAAAAAGGAGGAUAUCAGAGGCCGUGGAAGAGGCCGCGGUGGAGAUCGUGGGCGUGGACGUGGUGGUGGUGGCAGAGGUGGACGCGGCCGAGGACGAGGAUUCUGA